AUGAAACUGGGCCCAAUUGAACAUUUAUUCUAUAAACCUGGUGCUCAAAUGGGGCUACACGAGUCUCGAGCUCUUAAGAGGAAUGUCAAGAUGGUUCUGCUACUUGUCGGCUUGGCAGCUAUUCUGCUCGAUCUUCGCGCGUCCACAGUUGCAGCCUCGAUUGUCACAGUCGGAAAUGCGAAAGAAAACGGAACCGAUGGCAUAACCGACACCAGUCCUCAUGAAUACGACGACCCAAGUAACGAGCAUGCGACCGGAGGACACGAGACGAAAGGUGAAGAAGAGGGGAUCCGUGCGGCGUCUUGGCUGUUUGAUGAGUUCUACAUCCACAUCACAAUAAUGGUAUUCCUGUUGAUCGUGAUCAUUCUGAAAAUGGUCUAUCAUCGCUUAGAAUGGCUGUCUGCCUAUGUGCCGGAAUCGCUAAUACUCAUUUGCUUGGGCGUCAUCUUCGGCACCCUGAUUCGAUUUGCUCAUGUAGACAGCAAUAUUGAGACAUGGAAGCUGACGCCAAAGUUGUUCUUUGAAUUCCUCCUGCCGCCCAUUGUCUUGGAGUCAGCCUACAGUCUGUACAAUCGGACCUUUGGUGAAUUCCUAGGCAUUAUCCUCAUCUACGCCGUCUUGGGUACCAUUAUGAACUUUCUCAUAAUCGGCCCUGUCAUGUAUGGCCUUGAUCUAGUCGGAGCCAUGGGUUGGCCGACGCUGCAUCUGGACAUCAAGGGCUACCUGCUGUUCAGUUCCCUCAUCGUGGCUGUCGAUCCCGUGGCUGUGCUGGCCAUCUUCCAGGACAUCGGUGUGGAUCUUGGCCUCUACUAUAUGGUGUUUGGAGAAUCGCUGCUCAAUGAUGCCGUGACUGUCGUGCUCUACCAAAUCAUGCAGGCGUUUGCCGGCAAGGAGGAGAUUAGUGGUGAAGAAAUUGGAGUCGGUUUCGCAUCCUUCUUCACUGUCAGCCUUGGCGGUCUCCUGGUCGGUGUUGUGGUCGGUAUUGCAACAUGCUUCAUCACCCAAUUCUCCAGCUCCAUGGAGGUGAUAAUUGUUCUGAUGUUGGGCUAUUUCGCCUACAUCAUGGGCGAUGUGGUCGGCUGGUCGGGCAUCAUUUCCAUGAUCGGUUGUGGCCUCGUGCAGGCCUCCUACGCCUUCCAUAAUCUGCGUCCAUCGAACGUGAUGAUCGUCAAGAAGGUGAGCAAAAUGGCCGCCGAACUGAGUGAGGCCGUCAUCUUUCUCUUCAUCGGCAUCGAGUUGUUCCGCGACAACAUGAUUUGGCAUACGGGCUUCCACUUUUGGAGUCUCACUAUGUGCUUGAUCUCUCGUCUUAUUGUAGUUCUUGUGCUGACUGCGAUCAUCAACUGGGUCAGAGUGGACGGUUUUAAGAUUUCAAUUACGGAACAGUUCAUUGUGAUUUAUGGCGGCCUUAGAGGCGCUGUGGCCUUCUCACUUUCUGUGCUGAUUCGUGAGGAGUCCCUGGGCCAGGGCCUUCUCGGGAUCCGGCUAAAGGGAAUCUUCAUCACCUCAACUCUUUUCAUUAUUUUAUUUACUGUUGGUUUUAUGGGCAUGACAAUGAAGCCGCUGGUGAGGCUUCUCAAGAUCAAAAUGCAAGCCAACUUUGAAUUGAGUCUUUUCAAUAAAUUGAAUGAGCACAUUUUAGAUCAGGCACUAGCGGCCAUCGAAACCAUCAGUGGUGAGAAGGGUCGCAACGUGGUACGUGAAUUCUGUAUCCGCAUCGAUGAUCGUUACGUGCGCCGGGUACUUCAGCGUGACCCAGAGACACAUGAUCAGAAGAUCGUUAAGGUAUACGAGAAAAUGGCAUUGAAGCUGCAUUACGCUACAAUUGGGGCCAACCAGGCAGAGCUGCAUUUAGACGAGCUGCCCGAGACAAUCAAGUCAAAACUGCUCAACAAGACCUUGUCGACUGCAAAUUUCUUCGUCUCACCCUCCGAGGUCAAUUUGGACGGCGUACAGCUCCAGCCGGAGACCCACUUCCCUGAGCCUCGGGAUCACUUUGGACUACCUUCCAAGGACGGCAUUAAUGGCAAGUCUUCAAUCAGGCAGCAUGCCUAUCCAAGCCGACAGAACCACGAGUUGAUGGUGACACGUAGACGAAGCAGUUCCAUAUUUAGUCAGCGUGAACCGUUUGAUGAUCCUAUGCAAAUGAUGGCUGCGCUACGGUGUUCGCGGAGGCCCAGUCUCAUGGAUGGUGGGAAGCAUCAGGAGGAGUUUCAGCAGACCUUUUUGGAAAUGAUCCGUUCCAAAGGUCUGGCCCUGAAGCGCCACCCUCUAUCAUCCAAACUGUCAAAUAUGCCUGAAACGGCAUUGGAAGAGACCAGACCGUCCUCAGUAAUGGCGCCGGCAUCUCUGGGCCUGGCAACCAUCGAGGAGCGGGUGACUUCGGGUCGGCGAUUAAAUCCACUACUACCAGUACCAGAGGAUGCCUAUUGCCCGAGUCUAUUGAGUCAGCCAAAGCUAUUUUCACUCGAAGAACUACCUCAAUCUUUUUCCGCUGCGGAUACUGACGCCGAAAUGCAGCAGCAGCAUGCAGACGCAAAACAGCCCCAUGGUGCCGAGGUUGCGAAAGCAGUCCAAGCAAGCAAGCAGCCCAAAGUCAGUCGCAGCACUCACUCUGAAAGUACCGAGAGUGAUGUGGAAAACGACUGA